CAAUAUCAAAGAAUUGGUGAAUGAUACACAAAUUCAUUACACUAUCUUUAGUUCAUCAAUAGUUUUAUAUUUACUUCACAUUAUAGCAUUUAUAAUCUCUAAUGAAAUCCAUGAUACGUUUCUAUAUCAUCCAAUAAUGAAAACAUAACACCAAAUAGAAAUUUCGCAAAUCAGUUUAAUUGUGAGAUUUGUUUUUAAUAAUCAGAAAAAAAGAUGAGUUUCGUCGUCGGCGUCGGCGGAAGUGGUAGUGGAAGCGGCGGAGACGGUGGUGGUAGUCAACAUCACGACGGUUCUGAAACUGAUAGGAAGAAGAAACGUUACCAUCGUCAUACCGCUCAACAGAUUCAACGCCUAGAAUCGAGUUUCAAGGAGUGUCCUCAUCCAGAUGAGAAACAGAGGAAUCAGCUUAGCAGAGAAUUGGGUUUGGCUCCAAGACAAAUCAAGUUCUGGUUUCAGAACAGAAGAACUCAGCUUAAGGCGCAACAUGAGAGAGCAGAUAAUAGUGCACUAAAGGCAGAGAAUGAUAAAAUUCGUUGCGAAAACAUUGCCAUUAGAGAAGCUCUCAAGCAUGCUAUAUGCCCUAACUGUGGAGGUCCUCCUGUUAGUGAAGAUCCUUACUUUGAUGAACAAAAGCUUCGGAUUGAAAAUGCACAUCUUAGGGAAGAGCUUGAAAGAAUGUCGACCAUUGCAUCAAAGUACAUGGGAAGACCGAUAUCGCAACUCUCUACGCUACAUCCAAUGCACAUCUCACCGUUGGAUUUGUCAAUGACUAGUUUAACUGGUUGUGGACCUUGUGGUCAUGGUCCUUCACUGGAUUUUGAUCUUCUUCCAGGAAGUUCUAUGGCUGUUGGUCCUAAUAAUCUGCAAUCUCAGCCUAACUUGGCUAUAACAGACAUGGAUAAGCCUAUUAUGACCGACAUUGCUUUGACUGCAAUGGAAGAAUUGCUCAGGCUUCUUCACACAAACGAACCUCUGUGGACAAGAACAGAUGACUGCAGAGACAUUCUCAAUAUUGGUAGCUAUGAGAAUGUUUUCCCGAGAUCAAGUAACCGAGGGAAGAACCAUAACUUUCGAGUCGAGGCAUCAAGGUCUUCUGGUAUUGUUUUCAUGAAUGCUAUGGCGCUUGUUGACAUGUUCAUGGAUUGUGUUAAGUGGACAGAACUCUUUCCCUCAAUCAUUGCAGCUUCUAAAACACUUGCAGUGAUUUCUUCAGGAAUGGGAGGUACCCAUGAGGGUGCAUUGCAUUUGUUGUAUGAAGAAAUGGAAGUGCUUUCGCCUUUAGUAGCAACACGCGAAUUCUGCGAGCUACGUUAUUGUCAGCAGAUUGAACAAGGAAGCUGGGUUGUUGUAAAUGUCUCAUAUGAUCUUCCUCAGUUUGUUUCUCACUCUCAGUCCUAUAGAUUUCCAUCUGGAUGCUUGAUUCAGGACAUGCCCAAUGGAUAUUCCAAGGUUACUUGGGUUGAACAUAUUGAAACUGAAGAAAAAGAACCGAUUCAUGAGCUAUACAGAGAGAUUAUUCACAGAGGGAUUGCUUUUGGAGCUGAUCGAUGGGUUACCACUCUCCAGAGAAUGUGUGAAAGAUUCGCGUCUCUAUCGGUACCAGCGUCUUCAUCCCGUGAUCUCGGUGGAGUGAUUCCAUCGCCGGAAGGGAAGAGAAGCAUGAUGAGACUUGCUCAGAGAAUGAUUAGCAACUACUGUUUAAGUGUCAGCAGAUCCAACAACACGCGCUCAACCGUUGUUUCGGAACUUAACGAAGUUGGAAUCCGUGUGACUGCACAUAAGAGCCCUGAACCAAACGGCACAAUCCUCUGUGCAGCCACCACCUUCUGGCUUCCCAAUUCUCCUCUAAAUGUCUUCAAUUUCCUCAAAGAUGAAAGAACCCGUCCUCAGUGGGAUGUUCUUUCAAACGGAAAUGCGGUGCAAGAAGUUGCUCACAUCUCAAACGGAUCACAUCCCGGAAACUGCAUAUCGGUUCUACGUGGAUCCAAUGCAACCCAUAGCAACAACAUGCUAAUUCUGCAAGAAAGCUCAACAGACUCAUCAGGAGCACUUGUGGUCUACAGUCCAGUGGAUUUAGCGGCAUUGAACAUCGCAAUGAGCGGUGAAGAUACUUCUUACAUUCCCCUCUUGUCCUCAGGUUUCACAAUCUCACCAGAUGGAAAUGGAUCAACCUCUGAACAAGGAGGAGGAGGAGGAGCCUCGACGAGCUCAGGACGAGCAUCAUCAAGCGGUUCAUUGAUAACGGUUGGGUUUCAGAUAAUGGUUAGUAAUCUACCGUCGGCAAAACUGAAUAUGGAGUCGGUGGAAACGGUUAAUAACCUGAUAGGAACCACUGUACACCAAAUUAAAACUGCCUUGAGCGGUCCUACAGCUUCAACUACAGCUUGACACACCAUUAAAAGCUCUCUCCUCUUUCUUCUGGGUGUCUCUUUCUCUUCAAUGAUGGAACAGAGAAGGGAAUUAACUCUUCUUUGCCUU